AGUCAGAAUGCUUCUUAGUCUGGGGAUGACUCUAUAGAUACCUGCACUGUUCCCUGCAGGUCACUGCCUGAAAGAUCCACAGUGCACAGUACCUGCUGCUGCCAGAGUGCAUAAGAUAUCAUUGACCAGUCAUGUCUGCCUUCAGAAGUAAUGCAUCUUCAGGAAAUGAGUCCAAGAGUGCCACCCUGGGAUCAGUUAGCAGGCAGAAUGUUAUACAGGACACAAAUAAAAGAAGAACUCUUCUUCAGGACAGCAGUUGGAUAAAAAACCGACCAACAGAAGAGGAAGAAAAAAGCAGAGAGGAAAACUUUGGAAAAAGUAUACUGAAUCGCUACAAAUCCCAGGAUAAUCUGGACAGGCCUGAAGAAGAUGACGCACCAAAACGCAUACACAAUAGGUUUAAGUCUGAUGAUGCUUUGGACAGAAUUCCACUGAAAAACACCUCAGAAAGGGGAAACAAAGCUGCAACUUUGGAAAGAUUGCCCGUGAGUGAGAAAUCAGAAUAUGAAAAAAAAAGACAAUCCUGGACUCCUGGAAGCAGAACAACAACAACUACUACAACUAUAGAGGAUAAAAGAAAAUCUUGGGCACCACUGAACAGGAGCACCAUCACAACGACUGAGACGAAACCCUUCAACCAAUCAACUGAUAAGUCAGCAACAUCAAGUUGGGUUGACAGCGCCAAAUCAAGAUUUCAAAAAUCUGAAGAAAAAAUACCUGCACCAUCAUCUUCAUCUGUAGUAAGGAGUAGCGUCAGUUCUGAAAAACCAAAAGUAGUACCACGAUCACCUACUGCCAACACAGAUAACAGGAACCAAAACAUUGAUAAGUUUGUUGAAGUAUCAAGCACAACAAUAAAAAGCACUAAAGGUACUGAUGAGCUGGACAACCUUAUUGACAUCAAGCCCUCUGCUAUCAAAACCCAAGAGAAACACAGGACUGAUGAGCUUGACAAACUUAUUGACAUCAAGCCCUCUGCUAUUAAAGCAAAGCCCAGGACUGAUGAGCUUGACAACCUUAUUGACAUCCAGCCCUCUGCUAUUAAAGUGAAACCAAGUUCAAAUACCAUCUUAAGAGAAGAAGACCUGGAUGACUUUAUUCAAGUAAAAGGGGAUGUCACAAAUAUUCGUUCUAGAGAUGAAGGCAAUAGGAAUCUAAUUGAAAGUAGAAAACCUGAAGCCAAACCAAGAUCACAAAAUCUUGAUAACCUUACUGAUGUUAGAAACACCUCCAAUAAAUCUAAUAGGGGUGGUCAAGGUCUGGAUGAUCUCAUUGCAGUUACUGGGGAUACAAACAAAGGGACAGUGAAGCCAUCAUCUACCAAUACCAGUAAUGUGACCAGCCGAAGUUCUACAACUUCUUACACAUAUACUGAGAAUAAUCAAAAUGUCCCGAGCAGAAGUUCUACUACAACAUACACAGUGACUGAAGAUACUCACAAUGUACCAACCAGACAUUCAACCUCAACUAACAGAGUUACUGAAUCUGCCAAUGCUGGAAGCCGCCGCUCAACAUCUUACAAUUCUGAUGCUCCAAACCAACGUUCCAGUGUCAACUAUACUCAGGAAACAAGCUAUUCGUCUCCUGCAACUAAUACCAAUGUCUACAAAACAUCAUUUGAGGACAACAGAGAUCCAGCUGUUCAUAGAUCAUAUGAAAACAAUAUUGCAGCAAACUCUAUCAAAACUGUUUAUUCUACCUCUGAUCGGUCAGUUAUUGAAAAAGAUAUGUGCACCUACUGUCGCAAGCCACUUGGAAUUGAUGCCAAGAUGAUCCUCAAAGACUUAAGCAUAUGCUGCCAUGCAUCUUGCUUUAAGUGUGAAGUAUGCAAAGGGGAUUUGGGAGGCUUGAGAGCUGGCGAUAGCAUGUGGAUCUAUAAGCAGUGUAUUCACUGUGAACCUUGCUAUUUUGCUGCAAGAGAGAAAUGGAUUAUAUAAAUGCAUGACUGCAAACUCAAGAGAUGCUGAAUAUGGAUUGCCUAUCAUACACCUAUUUAUCCAGACAUAUUAAUUUUAACAUUAUUAUUUUAAUACUGAAAUUGUAUUUGGGUUUCCUAGUGGUGUUACAAGAUUUAUAUAAAACAAUAUUAACAUUAUUUAGUUCUCAGAGAUCAUGCUGUGCUGCCUCCUGUUUAGCUAUAAGUUACCCUUUCCUUUAAGCAAGUCAUUCUUGGUGUGUAUCUGCAGAUGCAUCUGCUAGAGUUAUCCACCCAGUAAAAAUAUGGUGGUGCCCCAAAAUCUUAUAUCUCCAUCUGCACCAGUAAAUGCAAUGUUGUGUCUUAAAGCAUAUCUUCCAUUAUAUAUCAACACUGUAUAACUCUUCCUUGAGAGCCAAAACUUUGUAACUCCACAUUUAUUUUCAAACAUUUUGAAAACUGAUCAAGGUGAGUGUAAAAUUAAUCACCUGAAAUUCUAUUUUAGUAAUGUUGCUCUAAGCAUAAUAGAUACAUCAGUAGAUAAGCUUUACCUAAUGGAGCACAGUUCUUUCAUUAGCACUGUGUUUUUUGAUAAUACUGUAAUUUAUUAAGAUUCCAAAUGUCAUACAAUUACUAUUUUCAACUUGCCCCUGCUGUAAGCAAUACAUGUAAAUAAUCCAUAUACUAGUUUGUGGGGAAAUUUCGAGAUUAAGUCUAUCGUUUGCCACACUGAUGAGCUUUCCUGCACAGUUUGCAAACCUUGGCACUCUUAAUGGGUGCAGUGAACACAUUUUCUGUGUGGCUGCUCCCUAAUAAGUUUAUGGCUGCUCCCAGUGGCAGCCCCUGUCUGGCUUUGCCCAUUCAGCAUAAGGUACCUGUUCUGCUACUCCACACCUGUGCCUUUAUUACGUCAGAGCCCAAAUACACAUACAAAAAACAUCUUAAAUGUGGCUCAGAGGACAUUAGCCCUCAGGCAAAGCUAGUGGCUUAUACUGAAUGAAAAAGGCACAUUACUUUGUUGUUGAAAAACAAGUUUCUUGUGUCUUAUAAAGGCUAAUGGGAUUUGCAUAGUAUUCUAAAGGCAUAUUCCCUUCAGAGCAGUACUUGUUAUGAUAAAAUGUUACAUAGGGUGUUUUAUGGCCUUGCUCGUGUAGGAUAAGUAUAUGUGGGGUUUUUUUUAUAUGAAAAUGCAUUAUCUCUUUCUUAAAUGUUUCCCAUUUUCUCAUGCAUGAAUACUCAAAAAUAAAAAUACACUGGGAGAAAUUAAUAAAUCUAAAA